CAGGAAUGUGCAAAGGUUUGUGCAUUAUCAGGAUUUUAGGGGAUUUUGACUCUCACAAUAGCCUACCAGGUUAUUGUUGUCUCUAUUUUCAUGUCAUUCAAUAUGUGUACACUUCUGACUGUCAAUGCAAAAGAAAUGUUGUUGAAAAUACUCAUUAUGUGUGGGGUAUCUCAUGUUUGUACGUUUCAGUCACUUAAUGAGGUCUGUUGCAACCUUAAAAAUCAUAAAGUAGACCCCAUAAUGACAGUUCCCCACCUGCUCCAGAGGCGCUGUUCAGUGGCUGACUCUGACCUCUGACCUCUGACCUUUGUGUGAAGGGGAUGGAGGCAUACAGUCUCACACUAUUAGUCAUUUAUUAUUAUACUUGGCUGUCACCACUGACUGCUGGGAUAAGCUAUUCGGGGCAGGUUGCACAUUUUAACAGCCUUUAAUAUUCCAACACCAGCUAAUUGUUUUACACUGCGAGAGCCAAGUUCGGUUGGGCUGAAAUUACAAACAUGCUCAUAGUCUCAUUCAUAAAUAAUAACAUUAUGCCUGCAAGCCAAAGGGGUUUAAUAGUGCACCUUUAAAAUGCAAUACAUAUAAAAUAGCAAUAUGAUUUUAAUUGGAAAAUGCAGUUUUGCAGCCAUCUAAGUAUAAAUGGAGAAAACCGAGUUGUUGACAAAAUGUGCAUACAUAGUGCCUCUAAUUUGCAGUUCAAUGAGCACAUUUUAUAGCAGUGUCUUGGUAGGAUAUCAUAUAAUAACAUCUGGCUUUUUGAGUGGUAAAGAUAAGAAAGUGACAAACUGCCAGUAUUGGGAACCAAAGUACAAAAAAACACAGAGUUAGAGGGAUGAGAGAAAAGUGAGGAGGAAGUUGGAGAGACAGAUGGGAGUUGAUCCUGCGGAAGGACGCUCCUCAGGGUGCUCAUAUCCCUCUCCUGUUUCCUAUUAAAUUACUUAACUUGAACCUGUGUGCUUCCUGGUCUGACUGUGUUUAAGCUGACAUAUGGGGCAGUUUGUGUUAUGUUCCAUCUGAUGUGUCCAAUAAUGUUUCUCAUUUACCGUUCUAAAGUACCCGUCUUGUUUUUAUCUGUGUUGCAGAUAAACCUGCGGCUUAUUUUAGUCAGCGGGAAGACGAAAGAAUUCCUCUUCUCUCCCAACGACUCGGCAGCAGACAUUGCUAAACACGUGUAUGACAACUGGCCGAUGGACUGGGAGGAAGAGCAGGUCAGCAGUCCUAACAUCCUGAGGUUGAUCUACCAGGGCCGUUUUCUACACGGCAACGUAACACUAGGAGCUCUCAAACUGCCCUUGGGGAAGACCACAGUGAUGCAUUUAGUUGCCAGAGAGACUUUGCCUGAGCCAAAUUCCCAAGGUCAGAGGAACAGAGAGAAGACUGGGGAGAGUAACUGCUGUGUCAUUCUGUAAAUACAAACCUCCGCCGCCGGCCCUCCAUCCUUCUCAUCCGUUCCUGCCCUCAACAUCCUGGACCUAAUGAGCUUGUCCCCUGUUCUGGAGCCUGUCCAUAAUGCAGAUAUGCAUACAGACAAACACAAACACACUCUUCUCUCGUUCAUUUUGCCUGAUUUCUCUCACACACUCACUGACACAUACAUAGAAAGACAGCGGGCUCAGGCUAAUCCAGGACACAGAGUUGGGAGCUUGAAAUUGAUUAACGAUAGAGUUGAUUCCUUUGUUGUAUUUGAUUUGUUGUUAUAACUGAAAAUUAGAGGAAGCAACUGGAUUUGCAUGUGGGGUUUUUUUUCUUCUUUUUCUUAAUGCACACCUCCUUAAGCCUUCUGCCACACACACACACACACACACACACAUAGAGAUAGA